AUGAAGACAUACUGUCCCUUUAACACCAUGUACACUCAAUGGGCCAACUUUCUGCUAGUGAGAGGAGACAGCCAAACACAGCCAACCACGAGCCAAUCAAGAGACAACCACAACCAACCACCGGCCAAACACAGCCAACCAAGAGACAACCACCAGCCAAACACAGCCAACCAAGAGCCAACCACGGCCAACCAAGAGCCAACCAAGAGACAACCACGGCCAACCAGCAGCCAAACAGCCAACCACAGCCAACCAAGAGACAACCACCAGCCAAACAACAACCAACCAACAGCCAAACACAGCCAACCAGCAGCCAAACACAGCCAACCAGCAACCAAACAACCAACCAGCAACCAACCACCAGCCAAACAACAACCAACCACCAGCCAAACAACAACCAACCACCAGCCAAACACAGCCAACCAACAACCAACCAACAGCCAAACAACCAACCACCAGCCAACCAACAGACUACCACAGCCAACCAGCAACCAAACAGCAGCCAACCAAUGUCAUUCAUCCCCAGGCAUCCUCUCAAACACCAACAACUCCUCUGGGCUACAAAACUCCACAGCGAACUAGGCCCGCCCACUCUGAUUGGAAAGCGUGCCUGUCACUCCGCCCCGCCUAGCUCUCCGAUUGGCUCCGGCUAAGAGGCGGUUACUUGACGCUGGCAUGGCGACUCGUAAACCCGUAUCCCUCCGCCCGCGCUCGUGAAGAGUCUAGUGUCCCCUUCCGCCGAAGGAGAACGAGAGAGAGAGAGCGAGCGAGGGAAAGUAGUGCUUGGCUCCCGCCCUCCUCUUUCUUGGGGGGGAAAGCAGCGAGCGUCUGAGGGAAGGGGGUAAGUAGUAAUGGCGGGCCGAGCUGGUGGUGGUGAGGAGGAGGAGAGACAGAGGGGGUUAUAGAGUUACCCAGUGGGCGGGCUGUGGGUGUCAGGGGGGGUUAAUGUGGAGAGUGGCUGAUGACGUCUGGGAGCAUAGAGAGUGAUUAGAAAAAAAAAAAGAAGAAAAAAAUGGAGGAGGAGGUUUAAGGGAGCAGAGUGUGGAGACAGAGGGACAUGUGAGGGGAUUGGGGCAGAGCUGGCUAGGUAGGUAGGGGGGUAAUGGGAGUAAUGGUGGGGGGUCCUAGUGGGGGCUUUCUGUGAUGUUCAGUCUGAGGGGCUGGAGAUACAAGGAGGAGGAGGGGGGGCACACAGGGGGCGGGGGAGCUGUGUAUAGAGAGAGGAGGGGGGAGGUGUGGAUUUCCUAGUCUCCCCUCCCCCCACCCCUAGCUCUCUCGUUACAUUGUAGCAUUGAAACAAGUUACAGUUGCUGAUUCUCAGACACCAAGGCUUUAGGCAUCGUACCCCCUUAAAAUUAUCUGCAAGUCAGGUGGGGGGCUCAGGAGGUACCCCCCCCCCCAUCUCCCCUAAAAAAAAGACACAACAACAACAACAACAACUCCUGCUCUCCCCCCCUUUUUGUUUUAUAUUUCCUUACAGGCUCCCCUGGCUUCAUCUGGGAGGUUAA